CCUCAAGCUUUGAAAAGAAAAAUCCUCCUCCUUCCUCCUUACUGCUCAUUCUCCUCCUCCUCCUCCUCCUCCUCCUCCUCCUCCCUCCCUCCCUUCCCCUGCUGGGCCAGAAUAAAAAGACCUCAAAAACCAGUCAAAAACCUCUCUCUCUCUCUCUCUCGGGCUUUGCUCUGAGCUCAGAGGCAGACUCCAACGUUAAAAAGCUCCUGAGAGCUGCACCCACUCAGCUCCUACUGUUUCCUUGGUGUAGUUCUUCUUAACCUCCUAGAUUGAAAAAUAGCUCCGGAGUGUGGUAACUUCAUCAUCAGUCAUCCGAUAAUUGCUAGCAGAAGCACAUCGACCUCUUCCUUCGUCGCCGUCUAUUAAUAUUUUCCUUUUGGGGGACACUGAGCAUAUUCCUCUGGGGGAAUUGGAGAUGUUUGGAGUACCGAGCCAUCAAUAUCCUCAACAACUUCAUCGGACAGAAACAGGAUAGGAUCAAUGAGCCGAUCAUCAAGUGAUGAAAUGGAAAUUAAGGAGGCAGAAAGGACAGUUGUUGCUAAACCAGUAGCUUCGCGUCCCAGUUCUUCAAGUUUCAGAUCGUUCUCGGAGCUUCUUGCUGGCGCGAUCGAUGCCUCUCCCUCUAACCCAGGCAAUGAGAUGGCUGUUACUGCCAUUAGACCAAAGACCGUGCGGUUCAAGUCGACUGUAAAUCGUGCUCCUCCUCCUCCUGCUCUAGUGGUUGCAUCGGGCCAGGCAGAAACCUUAGGGACUGCAACUUAUAAUUCUGCCAAAGAUGCGACCAUGAAAUCAGACAGCAGACGAACCGUUGUGUACAAACCACUUGCAAAGGUCGUCUCAAAAUCGACCGUCUCCCUCUUGGCAAAUAUGGGGAACUUCAAUGUCGCUCAUCAACAGGGACCGGCCCCACCUGAAACCCGUGUUCGGAAUCAAACCGUGGAGAAAACAAGCUCAAGAUCACAGUACAGUUUGAAUCCCCAGCAGCCCAUUCCUCCACCUGCCGAGCACAGUCAGACAAUCAGUGAACCAACGAAGGUUGACGACCCGAAGAUAUUAAGCUCCUCAGCAAAUGUGGACCGUCCUUCUUAUGACGGGUACAACUGGAGAAAGUAUGGGCAGAAGCAGGUCAAAGGGAGCGAGUACCCGAGGAGCUACUACAAGUGCACUCACCCAAACUGCCCAGUGAAGAAGAAAGUCGAGAGAUCGUUUGAUGGACAAAUCGCAGAGAUAGUUUAUAAAGGCGAGCAUAACCACCCGAAGCCUCAGCCCCCAAAGCGGAGCUCUUCGGGCCCGCAGGAAGUAGGUACUACCACGCAGGAAGCUGCAAAACCAAACGUUCAGGUCGAGGAGAGGAACGAAGGGUUGGAUGUGAGAAUAGAGAACAAUCAAGAUAGUGAAAAGGGCGUGUUGGCACAGACGAAUAGUUACCGGGGCAAAGGUCUGCAAGGCAAGGACCCUGCGGGAAUCUGGAUAGUAAGUAACAAUGCCAGGACGGGAACUCCGGAUAACUCAUGCGGACUUAGUGGGGAGUGCGAGGAUGGAAGUAAAGGGAUGGAGGUGGAGGAUGAUGAACCCAGAAGCAAGAGAAGGAAAAGUGAGAAUCCAUCUGCAGAAGCAGGCAUAUCCGCCGAUGGAACGCAAGAAUCCCGAGUGGUAGUGCAAAAUUCAGCAGAACCGGAGAUCGUGGGGGAUGGCUUCCGAUGGAGAAAGUACGGGCAGAAGGUCGUGAAGGGAAAUCCAUACCCGAGAAGCUACUACAGAUGUACGAGCCUCAAGUGCAACGUGCGGAAACAUGUAGAGAGAGUAUCAGACGAUCCCGGAGCCUUUAUAACAACAUACGAAGGAAGGCACAACCAUGAAAUGCCGCUAAGGGGCUCGAACGCAGCAGGACUGGAGCAGGACCCCCAAGCCGCUACCAGUAAAGAUAACCCGUGACCCCAAUCGACCAUAGCUUUCGAUCCAACCGGCAUUAACCCAACGGUGUUGGCUCUUCCGAUUUUGUUGUUAAUUUUUUCGUCUUUCGACUUAGUAGGAUAAUUUUUUCUUCAAUAUUUUCCCUCGUUGUAAUAAGCAAUUUUCCUGCAUCCAUCCCAAAUUUUGUCACAAGAUUCUUUCUGGUCCUAACUUUUGGAACAUUUUGUAGCCUUCUUUAACUAAGUGUAAUGUGUUAAUGAUCUUUAGUUCCA